GACGCGGUGACGCCACAAAAAUGGCGGACGCUGGAGGGCGCCGUUCCUGACUCUAAUGUGCUUAGACACUUGAAGCCACAAAAGGAUUUUCCCCCGAGGUUCCUCGUCUCCUCGCGAGGAUGCCUCUUCUCUUCUGCCUUGCGAAAUAAUAGCGGCCUAGCUGGUGCCCGUGACCACGAAGGAAGGCAGAGUCGCGGGCUGAUUACGUUUCACCCAACGGUUGCCGGCGCCGAAUUGGUUUCUAACGAGAAAUUUAAAAAUGAUUCGUUCCAAGAAAGGGUAGGAUCCGCGAGACCCUCCAACUGCCCAAGGAAAACAAGUCUCGUCUGGCAAAGUUAUCGGCCCACGCGGUCCGCGGCCAAGGGCCAACGGUCCUUAGCCCCACGGUGCCGCAGCACUGCGCGUGCGCGAACCGCUGUCAAACGCGCUGACGGAGGCCGAGAAGAAAAAAAGGCGGGAGCCGCCAAUCCCGGGUUGAGCAAAAUGGCGCGGGAGAAGGAGAUGCAGGAGUUCACCCGUAGCUUCUUCCGAGGCCGCCCGGACCUCAGCACGCUCACGCAUUCCAUCGUGCGGCGGAGGUACCUGGCUCACUCGGGCCGCGACCACCUGGAGCCAGAGGAGAAGCAGGCACUGAAGCGGCUGGUGGAGGAGGAGCUGCUGAAGAUGCAGGUGGAUGAAGCCGCUUCCAGGGAGGACAAACUGGACCUUACCAAGAAGGGCAAGAGGCCUCCCACCCCUUGUAGCGACCCGGAGAGAAAAAGGUUCCGCUUCAAUUCAGAGUCGGAGUCCGGCUCUGAAGCCUCCAGCCCAGACUACUUUGGACCCCCAGCAAAGAAUGGGGUGGCAGCAGAAGUCAGCCCAGCCAAGGAGGAGAAUCCAAGGCGAGCCUCAAAGAAGGCAGUUGAGGAGAGCAGUGAUGAGGAACUGCAGAGGGACCUGCCUGCACAGAGGGGAGAGGAGAGCAGUGAGGAGGAGGAAAAGGGGGACAAGAGGAAGAAACCUGUGGCAAAGAAGCAGGCACCAGGCAACGCCUCAGUCAGUAGGAAGCAGGCCAGGGAAGAAAGCGAGGAGAGCGAGGAAGAACCCGUUCAGAGGACAGCAAAGAAGGUGGAGGGAAAUAAAGGAACUAAAAGCCUGAAGGAAAGUGAACAGCUGAGUGAAGAAGAGGAGGAGAUCCUAGCUGGGAAGAAAGAGCACAGAGGGGAGGAAGAGAAAGAAGGGGAGAAGGAAAAGGAGGAUUGGAAACCCAGAGCCAGGAGCAAUGGCGGGAGAAAGUCAGCUAGGGAGGAGAGGAGCUGUAAGCCGAAAAGCCAGGCAGAGAGGCUCAUGGGAGACUCAGACAUCGAGGAAGAGCAGAAAGAGGCAGCAGGCAGUGGGGAUGACAGUGGGAGAGAUGGAGAACCCCCAGUGCAGAAGAGGAGCAAGGACAGGACCCAGCUUAAGGAUGGGAAGGGGUUGAGUGGAAGCAGCGAGGAUGAGGAAGACAGUGGGAAGGGGGAACCCACAGCUAAAGGCUCUAGAAAGACGGCCACACUGCGCAGCACCAGUGGUGAGGAGAGUGACUUGGAGAGGGAAGUGAGUGACAUCGAGGCAGGGGGCGGCCCCCAGGGGGAGAGGAAGAACCGCUCUUCCAAGAAGAGCUCCAGGAAAGGCAGGACACGGAGCUCCUCUUCCUCCUCAGACGGAAGUCCAGAGGCCAAAGGAGGGAAGGCUGGCUCAGAUCGCCGUGGAGAGGACCACCCAGCUGUGAUGAGGCUAAAGCGCUACAUUCGGGCCUGUGGUGCCCAUCGAAACUACAAGAAGCUGUUGGGCUCCUGUUGCUCACACAAGGAGCGCCUAAGUAUCCUCCGGGCAGAACUGGAAGCCCUAGGCAUGAAAGGUACCCCUUCCCUAGAGAAGUGUCGGGCCCUGAAAGAGCAGAGGGAGGAGGCAGCUGAGGUAGCCUCCUUGGAUGUUGCGAACAUCAUCAGUGGCUCGGGCCGGCCACGCAGACGUACAGCCUGGAACCCUUUAGGAGAAGCAGCACCCCCAGGGGAGCUGUACCGUCGGACCCUGGACUCAGACGAAGAGCGGCCCCGUCCCGCACCCCCGGACUGGUCACAUAUGCGUGGCAUCAUCAGCAGUGAUGGCGAGAGUAACUGAGCUCUGCCACCCUCAGGAAGGACCCUUGAUCCAUGUACAAAGCAUACAUAGCACCCCUUGCCCGGUGUCUGUGGAACAGAAGCAGCUUUCUUCAGAGAAGACUGCCGUUCCCGAGGACACAAGCUGUUGGGAUGCUACUUCUCAGCUUCACACUCUCCAUUUAAGGUGUUUAUUUUUUAAGACUCAAUAAAGGAGUGUUCGUAAUCACCUCAUCAAA